UAGAUAAUUGAGUAGAUUCUUGACUAAUGACGGUGGCAGUUGAAUAUUGAGGUUAAUUGUUUUGAGUAUAUGUUUACUGUUUACCUGCAAAGAAUCUUACCGAUCGUUGCUUAUUUGCCUAUCUUGUUAACAUGGCUGGAGAUCUAAGAAAAGUGUCCGAUGACAUUAAAUUCGUGGAAGAAUUUGAGCUGGACAAAAGCGAAGGGCUAAACGGCCUGAUACUCAAUGAGCUCUAUCUGCCCAAAGAGCUUCUGUUGGAAAUUCUGUCCAAUUUACGCGCCCAAGAUGUAAUGAAAUGUUCAUUAGUAUGUAAAACCUGGUUCAAUCUGACCAGGUCCACCGCAUUGUGGAAAUCCAUCUACUUUAAGCAGGAACAACGCAAGAAAGUUCCUAACCUUCCUUGGUAUGUGUUUUAUUGCCAUUUGUCGAGCGAUUAUUUUCGAAAUGUGAUCAAAAAUGGCAAUGGCGAGCUCCUGUUCAAGCACUGGGAGAUUCUGAGAAAUCAGGGCGACAAAUUUGGAGUGGAAAAAGUGCCUACAGGCUCCGAUCCGCUGCCUGCCGACAUUCCAGAAUUCCAUGGACAAACCAGCUGUUUUGUCACAUCGUAUGAAUACUGUAUUAAAUACCAGAAAUUCGACGUCAGCUCGAAGCCACUGCUUAGUUACAUAAUUCAGAAAUAUCGGCCCAUUCUGUACGCCAGCGAGUGGUAUACAGGGCGAUUUGAUUGCAGUUGCAUCUACGAAUUGUCGUUGGCUUGUUUGCCGCCAUGCGAAAAAUCGGACCCGAAAAAGCUGCUAAAACAUAAGCGAUACCAGAAGUCAGUAUCUGGAACGGCUGGAUUAGACCACACGCAUUGGGAGAAAAAGGAACUGUUUUAUGAGACUUAUCCAGAUGAUUUGGCCACAAUUGCGUUUAUUCAUCAGGGCAAGGACCAACAGUUCUGGAAAGGCCGCUAUGGCAGUAAAAUGGCUGGAGGCGUCUUAAAGUUUGUUUUCGAGUCAAUUCAACCCUCGCCGGAUGAUUUGAGCACGGAAGAAUUGUGAUUUGUUUCGCUUUUUAUUUAAUGUUGAUAUUGUUCGCUUUAAUCCUAUUAAAUUAUUGCUGUUAAAA